UCCCCUUCCAUACUUUCUCUUACACUUUCUUUCACUUCAACUUCUUUUUUCUAUUCAGUUCAAUGGGUCUUGAUCGCUUCGAAUCAACGUAUGCAGACUACUAUGAUACAAUUGUCGGUCAAUACAGAAUCAAAGAACCCAUCGGCUCAGGAGCAUAUGGCUGUGUCUUUAAAGCUGUUCACGUAUUCUAUGGUACAUGGCACGCUCUCAAGUGUAUACCAAAAGAAAGAGAAACAAGAUAUCAACAUAUAAAAGAAGUGAACUUCCACACCAGACUGUCUCGACAUCCUCAUAUUGUAACUUUGGAGAAGGUCAUCGAAACAGCAACCGAAAUAUGGUUAGCUUUGGAACUUGGACAGUGCGAUUUGUUUUCAUGGAUAACCGACAAGCACUCUUUUACUCUCAGCGAGCAAUGCAUAAGGACAAUGUUCCUACAAAUAAUAGAUGCUGUUUCUUAUUGUCAUAGCCAAGGUAUCGCGCAUAGAGACAUCAAACCUGAGAAUAUCUUAAUAUAUGACAACGGAACCACUUGCAAGCUGGCCGAUUUUGGCUUGGCCACCUCGGAGGAGCAAACCGAUGAAUUUGGCUGUGGUAGCAGUUUUUACCUUUCGCCAGAGUGUCAAGGCUCGUUUGAUACGAAGUCGUAUGCUACUAAGCCUAACGAUAUAUGGUCUCUUGGAAUUAUUCUCAUAAACCUCAUUGUAGGAAGAAACCCUUGGAAGCAGGCAAAUGCUCGAGAUCAAACAUUUGUAGCUUUCCUCAAGAAGCCGGACUUCUUGAAAACAGUUUUGCCUAUAUCCGAUGAAGUCAACGAUAUUCUCUUAGGCAUAUUCAAAUUAGACCCAACUCUUCGUCUAAAUAUACAAGAGCUACGGAGCAAAAUCAUUGGUUGUAGUCAGUUCAAGCGUCCAGCUUCUCAGUUUUCCAAGAAAGCUGCGUCAGCUCGUCCGUCUAUUGCUACAGUGGCUAAUUUUGAUCAGUCCGUGUCAGCUACUCGUUGCAGUAGUAUUCGAUCAGAUGACAGCUGGAGCUCCUGUUACUCCGAUUUCAGUGGACAUAUAGACGAAUCUCCUUCUGACCUUGCCAACAACGGCAAGCUGGUUGAUGCCGAUCCAAACGUGACCUACCGCUCUACUAACGACUCGUCACUGGUUGACGGCCCUUCCCGCAAAGACUCUUUAGGACCGUCUUUAAAUACUGUAUGCUCGGUGGCGUCCAGUGCCAGUGACGGUUCAGAAUGUUGCACUCCUGAGACCCAGCUUAAAUCUUUGUUAUGGAGUCAUACCACCAUACAGAAAUAUGAAGACACCGUCCCUGACGAUGAACGCCUGAAAGACAUAUACACCGAUACCACCAGUGCUUACUGCUGUCCGCCAUGAUACCCUUCUUGAUUUUUCACAUAAUGCAUAUAGUUACCGUUAGCUAACAGAUCACACAUCCAUCCAUUAAAUAAUUCAUCAAAAUAAAAUAAAAAUUACAGAG